AUGGCAAUCAAUUAUUUAAACGAAAUUAUUUCAAUAUUUCUUCAGCGAAAUGUAAACGAACUUAGUGACAAUGAUUUAUGUACUAUUAUCAAAAAUAACGGCAAAACAUGUUCAAUUGAAGAUGUACGUCACGUUGUACAGUCAUUAGGUUCAUCUCUUUUUCAACUUCAAUAUAAUCACGAGAAUAUAUUUCUUGUUCGAAUUGAACCCACAAUUGAUAUAUGUAAAGAUUUUCUUGCUGGUAAAUGUACUUUCAAAAUGGGAGGAUGCAAUCAACUUCAUUUAUGUCGUUAUUUUGAUCAUUGUAACAAAAAAAAUUGUCAUUUUCCACAUGAUUUUAUUCAUGGAAAUAAUCGACGUAUUAUUGAACAAUCGAAAUGUCAAAAUAUUAAUCCAAUACUUCUCGUUCGUCUUAUUCGACUUCAUAAACAAUUAUCUCGUCGUCUAUCGAAGACUUCAGUUGUUCCUCCUGUUAUUUCCAAAACACCAGAUAUGGCGUCAUCAGUACAGCCCAAACCGAUUCAACAAGUUUUUGAGAGAACGAAACGUAUUCGCUCAACACGAAAAUCUCGAGGUGGCAGAUCUAAUAGGGUUGGUAAUGGAGAUAAUAUCACUGGAUCGACAUUUGUAUCACCUGUAUUAGACAUGAAUUAUCAAAUUGAUAUUAGUUUCCAAUCAGAAUCUAUUACUUCUCAUAUUACAAUUGAGAAAAUUAUAAUAUUCUUAAGACAGCAAGGUCUAGUUGUCCAAAAAGUAUUUAACUCGAAGGAAAUUGGACAUUUUCGUCAAUAUACACUUGAAUUUCAGGAGAAAAAUGUUGUAGAUAAGCUUCUGGGACAAUCUAGUAUUCUAUAUCAAGGUAUUCAUAUAAAAUUUAAAAGAACGAACUCAUUAAUCGAACAAAAAAGUUUCGUACUCAAAUCAACAAUUAAUUCUAAACGAGGUCCAAUUACAAAAGAGAAAUUUUCACUUUAUAUUGAUUUCUUAACUAAUCAUUGUUUAUACAAAUUAACUGAUCUUUCAUCAUCACUGGAACAGAUUCUACUGAUUCAAUGUAAUAAUAUCAUUGAUUUUAACCAGGUUCAUCGUGUACAAAAGUCUAGAAGACAAUUACAAGGAACAGAUAUCUCAUUGAAACAAGUAUAUGAAUUAGAAAGAGCUAUUAUUGAAUCUAUUCACAAUCCACUGUCAGUUGAAAUAAUUGAAAAUAUUAUUGAGCCAGUUGUUCAUGAUGUCUUUACAUUUACUGUUCAAUCGAGCCGAACAGCAUUUAUCGAAUUUAUCCAUGCUGAUAGUCUAAAACAGUGGCUAUUAAUUACCGAUACAAUACAACAAAAAUUCGAUGUUAAUAUCAAACUUGAUAUUAAAUAUGUCGAUGAAGAUGAUGAUAUCGAUGACAAUAAGGCUACGUCUUGCUCUUCAAGUGAUAAAUUAUCGCCAAAAUCAAAUAAAAAUAGUAUACUUUCACAAACGACAAUCAAUCUUCGUCGAGGUUGGGCAAUGGUUGCUAAUCAUCCAACGUUCAGUAUUGAAUAUAAGAAUUAUAUACGAUCUGAACUUGGCAUUGAGAUUGAAAUUCAUGGUAAUCGAGUUGAAAUACGUCGUAAUUCCAUUUCGAGUACAUUAGUUAGAGAAAAUAUUUCUACUCUUUUGACCAAUAGAACUCACAACUUUAUGGGUAAAUUUGCUUUUCGUUCAAUUGGCUUGCAACAAGUAGCAGAACAACUUAAUAUUCUUCGUGCACAUUCAUCAACCGUUGCAUUCUGUAAUACCAAAGAUAAGAAUUAUAUGUUGGCUACAAAACAAUCAAAUAUAAAGGCUAUCAUGCAAAAACUAUCGCCAAUAAAACCAAUUGAUAAAAAUCCAAUAAAUAGUCGAUCUUCAGUAGCAUCUACUGGUCAUGAAACAACUAACAAUGUUGAUCAAAAAGAAUUAUCAACAUUUGUGAUUCCACCACCAUUAUUUAAUUCAAUAUCUACUGAUGACAAGCCUAUCGUAAGCGAUGAGAUGAUUACCAAGAGUGUAGCAUUACCAUUCAAUACUCCAGCACCCGUAGCUUUAUUUACUAAUAAAACAUUCGAAUGCUAUCUUCAAACUUAUUUUAAUAAAAAUUUUAAUGCUAAACUUAAUAUUGAACGCAGUACGGACAUCAAUAGUCGAUCUUUGGUCAAAAUAGUUGGACGAGAGAGUUGUAUCGAUCAAGCACUCAACGAAUUGUUAACAUUAAUUUCAUUAUGUCGUACAAAAAUAUUCAAUGAGACAAUCGAUAGUGGUUGGAUGAAAAUUACUGAUGCAGUUCGUGUUAUUCAACAUCAUUUUGACGUAAAGAACAUUAAAUGUGUUUGUCAACAGCAGAUAUCUCCACUUUCGAUACUGGUGCACCAUAUCGACAAAGAACAUAUUGAGUUUGGCAUCAAUGAACAAAUCAUUGAUACAUUAUGCCGAAAGAAAUUGAUUCUAGUAACAUGUACAUCAGCUACAUUUGAAAAUGAACGUAUGGCACUUAAAACGAAAAUUUUUCAACGUGACGAUUAUGGCAAAGAUAUUUGUCUUUUUGAUGAACAAAAAACAAUUAGUCUGUUUGGUUUGCCUGAAAUAGUGAAAAAUGUUCAACAAUUAUUUGAAGAUAAGAAAGUAAACUCAGCUCCAUCUGUUGUCAAAACCGAGUCGAACAAACGAGAAACAUUAUCCACUUCAAAACUACCCGUUUUAAAAAUCGAAAAUUCUCCACUAUCGACUAAAUCUACCAUACAUGAAAAAUAUAAUCAAAUAAAUACACAAAGAAUUCAAACAUACUCAAUAACAUUCGAUGUCGAUGAACCUGGUUUCGAAAUUCUAGUCAAUCAUAAUUUCAAUCAAUUAUUAGCUAUCAUUGAAUCAAAAUGUCAGCUAGAGAAACAAAUUAUUCAGCAUCAAAUUCAAAUUCAAAUACCUAAAGCAAAAGUAGACUAUUUUGAUGAUAAUACAUUGCAAAUUCAAGAGCAAGAAAAUAACUCCGAACACACGAAUGAUCCAAGCACAGCUUCUGUAAGCUCAAAAUUCAAUUGGUUUCAAAGACUGUUUCAGUGGAGCAUACCUACAGUUCAGCCUUCAACACCUGUACAACAGCAAAAUUUCACAUCGCUAGUACAACCAAUAUUAAAUGCUAAUAAUAUAGCAAGUGUUGCUAUUGGGAAUUCAAAGAUUAUUGUUUGCACAGGAGAUUUAACAAAACAAAUGGUCGAUAUAAUCGUUGUUUGUUCAACAUCGAGAGUUCUAUGUGAUGCAAUUAUCUUGGCUGCUGGAUACGAAAUAAAAAAUGCCUUUAAUCAACAAUCAUCCUAUGGUACAUCGGCAUUUGAAACAAAAGGUGGUAAUUUGCCUUGUAAACAGAUUGUUUUUCGUUCAUGGAUCUGUGAUAAAACUCAAUUACAAAACUUAAAACAAUCAAUUGAUACAUUUAUUACAUCAGUGAUUACAUAUGCACUUCAUCAUAACUUGACAACAAUCGCUUUUCCAAGUAUUGGUUGUGGACAAUUAGGUUUCGAUCCAAAAUUAAUUGCUGAAUAUAUGAUUGGUGAAACUUAUCGACAGUUAAAAAUAUUAGUUCAUUUACAAUUAAUUGUUUCAUUUGUUUUGCUACCCGAACAACAAAAUGUCUAUGAUGCAUUUAUUGAUCGACUCAAUAAAAUACAAUUCAUUGAAGAUAAACCAACAAGUAUUUCUUUCAAUAAACAAACAGUGAGAAUUAAAUUGACUAGUUCAAACAAUAAUCAAUUGAUCGAAUGUCAAAAUAAAAUAAAACAAUUAGCUCAAUCAUGUUCACUUAAACUUCAUAUCACUGAUAAAACUGAUAUGGCUGAUUGGUCUCAAGAUACUAUUCAGAAAUAUUAUGAUUAUUGUUUACAAAAACGAGUUAUACCAACACUCGAUAUUCAAAAUUCUAUUCUAGAUUUGAUAGGUCCUAAAGAUGCGGUAUCCGAUGUUGAAAAGUAUUUUUUUCAAUUAACUGCUGAAGUAUUACGAAAUGCACGUAUUCAAGUUUUAUCACGUGGAUGUAUCUGGUCAGUUGAAAUAUCAUCUAGUAAAUGGGAACAAUAUCCAUAUAGAAUCAAUGAAAUAAUUGAAAAUGCUCAAAUGAAAAAGCUUCCACAUAUUGAAUUUCUAAAUGAAAAAUCAGAACGAUGUCGAAUAAUUUUCUUAUCUAUGGAAGAAGAAUAUCAAAAACGAAAACGAAAAGUAUGUCGUAAACGUAUAGAUUCAUCAUUACCGUCUUAUUGGGAUUUAUCUAGUGGUAAUUUUAGACGAAUAGUUCUUUCAGAUUCUUCUAAAGAAUACAAAGAUAUUUACAAUCGAUUUAAUUCUACAAUGAAAGAUAACUAUUUGAAAAUCAUGAAAAUUGAACGUAUUCAAAAUGAACGUUGGUAUAAACAGUAUGCUGCUCAUCGUGAUGAGUUUACACAACGUUAUACACAACCUGAUGAACGAUUACUUUUUCAUGGUUGUAAUAGUACAUCAGCUGAUAAAAUUGUACACGAAUGUUUUAAUAGAACAUAUGCUGGUGUUAAUGGAGUUAUGUAUGGUCAAGGAGUGUAUUUUCAUGAACAUGCAAAAUAUAGUAAUAGUUAUACUAGACCAGGUGUUUCAAAUGAACGAACUAUGUUCUUAGCUCGUGUUUUAAUUGGUAAAACAUGUAUUGGUAGUUCAUCGAUGAAAGUACCACCUGAAGGUUUCGAUACAACUACAGAUGGUAAACAUAUUUUUGUUAUUUAUCAUGAUGCUGGUGCAUAUGGUGAAUAUAUUAUAACAUACAGAUGA